UGACGUCAAGCGAAAAUCAAGCACAUCUGAGAAUUCCCAUCCCGUGCGAUUUCGAAUUUCCCUGGUAUUUUCUGAUAUUUACUGCUACUGUUUACUAUUUAUUUGAUUUGUAGAAGUAUGUGAAAUAUGGAGAUAACAGUUAUGUGUACUAAAUUUCCUUUGGAGGACUUAAAUUCUUAACAGAGUUGGAAAAUUGUACUUCGCGUCUACUUGUGUUAGGGAAUGCCACGUCGGAAAACCACCCUGUCUGAUAGUUCACCUCCGGCUCCAAACCAGUGUGACGACACCAAACCUGACAGUGUGAGAGCCAGUGACAGGCCGAGCAAACGCCGAAAAACAUCAGUUGGCAGUAAUCCAGACAAUGGCAGUGGAGAUCUCAGCGUCAUGGCUGACAUUGAAAAAAAACCUGGCCAAACCUGGAGUUGUGGCAGUGCUCAGCCCACCAGCAAGAAGGCCAGUAUAUUGUCCAGAGCAGCUACCACAUCCUCCUCAUCCACACCACCACAGCAGCCUACCACUGCAGCCCCUCUCCAAACACAGCAUACACAUGGGGCCACAAGUGGUUCAGACACUUUGGUUGUAGCCACCAGCCAGCAGGAGCUUGUGCCUCAGACAUUCACCAGUAUCACAGCUGUACAGGCAUCCACCACCACAGCAACCCCAGUGUUACUACGGCAACUUGAAACUCAGUCAAUCCUUCAGACUGAUGAGCAAAGAGCCCAGUCAUCAUCUGCACCCCCCAAGUUGGUGUCGGACCCUGAGUCUGGUGGUCAGAGAGACAGCUUGCAGGACAGGAGAUCAAUACACUCACUUGAGGCUUUAUUUAAGGUGACAGACUCAGAGCUACAAAAUAUGAGAGCAGAUACUCCAGUUAUUACCAGCCCAGCUCAUGUAUCAGUACCUGACCAGACACAAAGCUAUAUUGUUCUCAAUGAUUUGAGCAUGACCCAGGGGGAGGGCCCCCAGAUCUUCAUCGCUCCCACUGAGAUUACAGGUGAUACUGAGACAGGAGGGGGCAGCUACUACAUCAUUCCCAGCAACUCUACUACUCUGUUGGCACAGGCAGCCACUUUCAGCUUGUCUGGUUCCCAAGAAGACGACAUGAAGCUGAUGCUGAAGAGUGACAGUCAGUCAGGGUUACUUGAGUAUCCCACGUUAUCGUGUGCCCCACAGACUUACACCGUACUUUCAGAGCAGGGAGACAAAGAGGCAAGCAACCCUCUUAUCAAAAUGUCAACCACCACUCCAGGCAGGAAGAGAAUCCAUCCUCAAAAACCUGGCAAAUACAAAUGUAAAUACUGCGAUAGAACUUGUGCCAAGCCGAGCGUUUUAGAGAAACAUUUGAGGGCGCACACCAAUGAGAGACCUUUCCCAUGUGUCGUCUGUGGUGUCAGUUUUAAGACAAAAAGUAACUUGUCCAAGCAUUGCAAAUCCAAUGCUCAUGUCUCACGGACAGGAUUGUCUUGGGCUGGCUCCCGUGAGAAUGUUAGCCAUGAACUCAGAGACUCAGAAGCUAGGGAUGCUGAUGAAGAGAAUGAUUCUGAGGGAACAGAGACAGAUGUUGAAGGCCCUAGCUAUGUUGACAAUGAUGAUGACAGUGGUGAGGAGAGUCAGAAAGUUAUUGUAGUGAAGUCGGAUAGCCUCCUGACAGACACCCCAUCCACGUCCAAACCUGAGCAGCUUGUAAGACAAGGAAACAUAAGGGAAGAAAUAAGGCCCAAACUUGACAGUAACAAGAAGCAGCCAGAACAGCAAGAGGCUAAGAUAGAUCUAGGCAACUGGUUUACCAGACUUUUCAAUGCUUUUGACAAGCCCUCGGAAUCUGAACUAGCUAAGUAUGAUGAGGCUCAGAGUUUGAUCAAACCAAAUAUACUUAGUAUGGACAAUCUGAAAAAUGCUGAAGAAAUUCUUUCAGAACUUCAAAGCUUGAGAAAUGAAUACAAUCAGAACUAUCCAGCAACAAUGCCUGUUCUAAUGACAUAUGCAUUCCAACCUGACAACAACAACAUGCUAGUAAAGAUUUUGAAGCCUAAGGCUGAGUUUCUGCCUGAGAGUUACAGGCAAGUGACUAGUAUUGCUUCUCAGAGCCACAGCCAGAAUGUGAACAUUUCAAAAGAGGUCAGUUGUAGUGGCUGUAUCAUGAGCAUGACUCCAAUCCCAGCAGUGCAAUCCACUCUUGGCCGGCCAAUGUCUAAUUCUUCUAUCUUGCAGUCCAAAUUGAAGAGUGCUUCUUUGUCAGAGGUAGAAAAUUGCCAGUCAUCCACUAAACUUAGCCUUCAUUCUAAGCCUCAGCUGAGUGAAUCAAAUGAUGGCAUUCACCCUGUGGAGUCAUUGCCACAACAAAGAUCAAAAUUAGUGUCAAAUCAAAGUGAUGACUUAAGCACUCGAACACUGCAACACCCAUUGGGCAAAUACAAUAGUCUGCCUUCCGUGGAAGAGUCACACGUCAACAGACAAAGACAGUCAACAACAGAGGGAGAUGUCAAUAAAAAACUCCCAUCCUCCUCUAGGCACCCAGCACUUGGUGAAUCCAAUACAGCUGCUUUUUCAAUCUUGACGCAAAGUGAAAAACCCACAUUAGUGUAUCAGCAUGCAUUAGACUCUGAAUCGGACAAAUCUUACAAAAGCCAAGCUCGUUCUCUGUCUGCAUCACUCACCACUGACACGGUGAAGGACAGAAUUGAUAACAUCAUAUCCUCAAAUGCCGAAAUCAUCGACAAGCAUUCUGUGACUGAGCCACCAAGGCAAAGGAAUAAGCAUUAUCAUCGGCAAACCAGUGACUCGAGCUUUCAGUCCAUGAAAAUCUCUGACCUGAGGCCAUCCAGUGAGGUCACUUUGGAUAGACUGAAAGUUGAAAUGACUGAUAAAUUGUGGAAGAAAAAAUUAGCCCCAUCUCUGUCUAUGGGUGACACUGAUGGGUCAAGGCUUAAGCCAGAUUUUGUGAAGCGAUCAAUGUCAACAUCUGCCCUGAGAAAGGCUGAUUCAGCAGAGACUGAUAUGAGAGUCGUGAAUUCACAGAUCAUCACUACUAGUAACCUCCACAUGACUGGAGUCAUUCAGCCAGUAACUUCAGCACAAAUUACUGAACUCCUUUUACUUCAGCAUGAGACAAACCAGCAGCUUCAGGAAUUACAACAGAAACAGCAACAGUUUAGUUCAAAUGAAUUUUCACACACAGUCAAAGUGUCAUCAGAAAAUGAAAGGCUUGGGUCUGUUUCAUCACCCAUGCACACUCAUGUGACUGCUAAUAAAAAUCCUGUUAACGAAAACCUUGUUUUCUCCCAGGCCAGCACUCACCUACAACCAAGCUUGAAUCCUUUACUGAAGGACAAGAGUUUUUCAGUUGCACAUUCAGAAGAUAAAUCCAAGGUUGUCUAUGUCCCAUUCAUAACUCACCAGACGAGCUCUGGGGAAAGCAGUUUGAAGGUAAAGUCAACAGUAGAGGAAAGUGAAAAUAAACUUUCCAGAAAGCCCUCAUCACCUAAUAUUGGUGGCACCUAUAGAUUCACAAGUGAGGAAGACUCUAGGAGAACAAUACUUCAGAAUGAAGGGUCCAAGUCCUAUUCUGUGUCCAGCUUAAGCUCUGGUUCUCCCUCUGGUGGACGAGUAACCAUUCAAGAAACACAAUUGCCUGUCAACCCAAAACUUAAUUCUAAUGUCCCAACUCUAAACCAGUCAAUACCUGGUGUUCCUAUGAACCAGUCUGUUCCUCAGACUCUGCCGGCCAAGAUAGUGCCUGGACCUGGUCCACAUGAAAUACAAAUUCAGUUUCAAUUGUCGUCAAAAGUGCAGUCAUCAACUGUUACAACUCAGUCUACUACUGUGCCCUUACCUGUCUCAGCACCAGUGUACAAGAAUUCAUCAGAGUCAUCCAGCAUAAUCAGUUCCAUGUUGCAGGCACCCAGACAAGCUAGUCCAAUGAUAGGUCAGCCUGGUGUCCAGUUUCCACCAACAACAAAGACAUCAUCACCACUGCUGACAUCAAAGUCUUUGUCAGGAAUCACUAACAGCAGCAAGAAAGUGUCAGCUGCUUCACUUGUUCAGACUGGGUCAUUAGACUCAAUAGGAAAUGAGUUGGCUACGACUAGUCAACAAAAACCAGCAUCUUACAGCAGCUUGCAUGAUCAGAAAAAGCUUAUGAGCAGGCAAGGGCCAUCACCUGUCUCUGGCAAGCCUUCUUUUAUGUCUGAACUUCAACACAGAUUGUCUGUCCCCCACAGUGAGUCUCAAACCUAUCAGGAGUGGACUAAAAAGGACACAUUAGCCAGACCUCUUCCCAGUGACCAGAUGGCCAUUACUUUUGAACAUUUUAAAAGUCAAGGACUUUCGGAUGGGCUGGCAGCUGCAGCAGGAGCCUAUGUUAUGACUGGUGGCAUGUUCACCUGUGAAGAUUGUAAUGAAACAUUCAACCAGCUUAGCCUUCUAAAUCAACACAAAAUACAAAAUUGCCCCAAGAGCAAAAGUUUGCGCAGGAGCUUGUCAGCCAUUGAGCCUGCAUCUAGUGUGGGACCAAACAGUAGCUCUCCAAGCCUUGCCAGUGCAGGGGUUGAUCAACAUAGUGUAGACAUUGACUCUCAGCUGCUGAAGAAAUCAAACCCUGCUUUGCUGAAGUCACUUUCAACCAAUGAUCUUCAGGAGGGGCAGCAGAGCAACAUCAAAGACAUGCCCAAGCUUAGAGAGCAGCUUGUCUCCUCUCCAAGAACAACUCCACCAGCUCAAACUUCUGCAUCAUUUCCAUUGGACAGUAAGCAAAACCAGCAGCAGCUUAUGCAAACUACCCUGACCAUUGAAAAUAUGAACCCAUCCUCACUUCCAAGAAAGAAAGGGAGACCAAAAGGUUCCAAGAACAGGCCCAAGGAUUUAAAUUUAGUCCUGGCUAAAGCCAGAGGAGUUCAGUCCCCUGCUAUACUUCCAGGAAUGAGGCAGCCAUCUUCUUCUCUAGACAGUGCAGUUCAGAAAGACUCCCCCUUACCGAGUAGUCAUAGUCAAGUCUUGCUGUUGCAAGGUGCUCCAUAUCAGAAGUUAUUGUUGCCACGUUCAACAGCACUGUCAAAGUCUAUGGCCUCUACUGAUAUUUCCUCUACACCUGCACAGCCCACAACUCCUGGGGGGCAGAUUAUGAACACAGCUGCCAAUACAAUGAUUAACACUAGCAGCACUAUGAUAGCUCAGCCAAUGGUGCCGAUUAUAUCAGCUUGCAUGGGCCAAAGUUCUCCCCUGGUGUCCAACUCAAAGGCCAGUUUUAUGACCACCUCAAGCAAGCCCACCAUUCCAAUGAUAUCUGGGGUUUCUAGUUUGGCCACUACCUGCACCAAUUCUAUGUCGAUUAUAACACCAGGCACACCAAUUUCUGCUCUAGCUCCAUCAUUGGGUGCUUUGAAUUGUGGUGUGUCUAAGCCUGGAAACAUUAUGAUCAGUUUCUCAGCUCUGACACCAUCAACUCCAUUGACACCAGUGACACCAGUCACCCCAACUAACCUUCUGGCUGCUAGAGGAAUGAGACCUCAAGGUCUUGAACCAUCGGUGUCAGGUAUUAGUAAAGUUUCUUCCACUGGGUUGACGCUCAACAUAUCAUCAGCGCAGUCCGUGAACAGCGCCCAGUUCUCUCAGAUGUCACCUCGUGUCAUACCGUACAUUCCUGCAGUUACAUUCCACAACCUGGACCCCAAACAAGGGGCUGGUCCUUUAUCUUUAUCUAGUCCACUGGCUGACCAAAAGACUCAGGCGUUUCGACUUUCUCAACAGGUUUCAUUGCCUUCCACCUUGUCUGGCUCAAGCAUGCCAAGUACACCUCUCACUCCUGCUACUCCUGAUACACCCACUGACCUAAGUGGUACCAGGAGAAAGUUGAAAGAUAAACUUCUAUUGAAGCAAUCUCUCAGCAUUGAGAAAGGCCAAGAAAAAUCUAUGUCCAUAGACUCACCUGCUGUUCUGAUGAAAUCUUGUGUUGACUCCCCAUCAGUGACCACAAUUCCUCCAUCUCUACUAUUCUAUUCCCAUACUAGCAAACCUACUCUUCAGACAUCUAACUCUGUAUUGCUAGCAUCACUUACUAAACCAGUCAUCAGCUCUCAGAAACUUGGGAGCCAGCCUAACGCAGUGAUCACCUCUGCAGUCAUGGGAAAACUGAAAGAUGCAGAAAAGUCCUCAGAAUCAUUUUACAGGUCAGAGUCUGAGGUUUUAGGCAACCAAGAAUCAUCAAAAUCUCACCCUCCUGUCAUGAGAGCCUUCUCUGAGCCUGCUGCCGCUAAGAGAUUGAAAAAAUCAAAACAGGUGAAACCAUCUCCUCUAAGCAUUGAAGAGAAAGUCGUCAGUCAAAGAUCCUGUUCCUCUAGCAAGAGUCCAGUUUCUGAAGAAGUGUCUUCAAAAAGAUCUUGGAGACACUUUACAGAGAGUGGUUCUGAUUCUGUUGAUUCUGGCCUCAGUUUGAGAAGUGUGUCUCAGGAACUUCCAUUUUUCUUGCCAAAAUCUUCCUCCAUUGCAAGCUUGGAUAGCAAUGAGCUGAUGAUUGAUCUCUCUGGUGAUAACUUUAAUAAUGUGACGAUCCCAAUCAACUACUCUAUUCCAUUUGUUAACAUAAGCAGGAUACAAAGUAGCCCAUUGUUUACUGAGUGGAACAACCCCAAUAGAUUAACAGGGCUACAAGUAAACCUGUCACCUUUAACCCUGGUUGGGUCUAAAAUCAUACUGCCUGCAGUUGGAGGAUUAUCUUUGAUGCAAAAAGAGUCCAAGAACUGGCUUCUGAAGAGGUCAAUAUCUCUCCAUCAGCACUUUCAAAUCUUAGCCAGACUUCGGCAGUCAUCAUCCCCACUGACCUUAGAUUCAAUGACUGCUAUGGCUUUGGCGCAGGGUAACCCAUCUCCUGCUCUUCUGGCAAGAAUGCUGCUUACCCACACCCCUUCUCAGUCUGAGAACUCUGGGGCAGAGUCAAAGAUGAAACAGCUGAAAGAUGAGUCUGUUUCAAGUGACCAGAACUCUCCUGUUCAGAUCAAAUCUAGACUUUUAGCCUCCCCAAGUAAAGGAAGUACUGACUCCAUGACCACUGACACAUCCCCACAUAGGCAGGUCAUGACACCUAUAAAAACUGUUGUGGCAGCCCUGAGCGUCAGCCUCUCAUCUCCUUCCUUGCUGUCAUCAGUGGAGCAGCACAUUUCCAAUGUCACGCCUUCAGGCACCCUGCACACUCCUAUGUAUGGACACUCCUGUCCCACCCUGUACACCACGACCCAUGUAACAUUCUGCUGCAUACAGAGGCCUCAGCCUAUGUAUGUGGCUGUCAAGGGAAGCAAGCGUGUCUCCAUGUACUCUAACUGGUGCUUAGCUACACACAACCCUAACCCAGCUGGCCUGACAUCACGUAUGCUGCUAGCAUUGUACAAGUCCAGGAGUGCUAACAACCCAGUGUAUGCCCAGUGCUCUAUGACUCCUAGCAAUGGAGGCAAUCAAACACACAGCUCUUACUGGACAUACCAGAGGAAGAAAAUGGGAGUGGUCAAGAAGGAACUGUUGGGGUCUGUCAAGAGUGAAGACGCUAAGAAGGGUGACCUUGGCUCCUCUAAAGAAAGCAAAAGACAUAAACUGCGACUCUCCAAGGGUGGCUUCAAGAGCAAUGAGUCCUACGAAUACAUACGUGGGCGUGGUUGGGGCAAAUACAUAUGUGAGAUAUGUGGGAUACGGUGCAAGAAGCCGAGCAUGUUGAAGAAGCACCUUCGUACCCACACAGAUGUCAGGCCUUACCAUUGUCAACAUUGUCACUUCUCAUUCAAGACUAAAGGCAACCUUACCAAACAUAUGAAAUCAAAGUCUCAUUCCAAGAAGUGCUCUGAGCUUGGCAUCAGUCCCAUUCCUACAUCUGUGGAUGACUCUCAGAUUGACUCUGUGGCUUUGGCCGAACAAUGUCGCAUCUCCAGGGAAGCCCGUAUCCACGACUCCACUGAGGGGGCAAACGUUUCUGGAGAUGAUGAAGAUGAGGAUGAUGGGGACAGUGAUGAGGAUGAUGAGGAUGAAGAGGAGGAUGAGGGAGUGUCCAGGGAGGACACAGAAGACCAUUCCUUUGACCAGGAGAGGUCAGGCUUAUGGUCCCCACGUGUUUUGAAAAGACAAUCAUCUGUUGAUGAGGCAUCUCCAGUAUUUUCAUUUGUACAAGGUCAAAAGUCAAGGCCAUCUUGUGGACCCACUGGAUCUAAAUCAAAGAGUAGAGAACUCUCUGAAUCUUCUUCAGUUCAGUCAUCAAUGGAUCAUCAUCAGAACUUCUACCCUCACAAUAUUGACACUGAGAUAGCAAGAAGUCUUUUAGAUCUCUCCCAGCCACGUCGCUCCGAGUCAAAGGAAAUAGUUGAUGAGGAAGCCAGGAGCCACGCUCUAAGUCACCUGCAGACGCUCAUUGCGCAGCUGAUGUCACAGAAGAAGCCUCUUUCUGGUCUCAACCUGGAUGCAGAGCAAAUGUUGGCACCAGAUUCUGGUAGACUUCUACUGAAUCAAAGCCUGCUUCAACCGGAUGAUUCGCAGCCUUUAAAGAAUCAGUUAUUGUUGACUCAGUUAUCUACCAGUUCUGAACAAGAAGAUAAACAAGCUAGUCAAUUGAAGAAAUCUGAUGUUGUCGCCCCUCUUAAGUUAGGUGCCCAUGGUACUGAUGAGAGGGAGGUAUCUGAAGUGGGACAUCAGCCUCAAGGUCAUAACAUUAUGGGAGAGCUGUUUGUCACUACAGAUGACAGAAGCAGGUCCAAUGAAGGCUCUGCCCCUGUGUCUCGAAGCAAUUCUCUGCAGACAUCAUCAUCGCCUUCUUUCCCAUUGCGUCCCAAUCAACUUUCCUUGUUAAAAUCACCAACGAAACUGCAGCACACCAAUCUCCCAAGCCCCUCUCUGGUCUCCUUUCUGCCAGCAUAUGCCCAGAAAGGAAGAAUGUCUCACACUGCUGACCAAGGUCCAAUAAUUGGUCAGUUUGUGAGAAAAGAUCACCACACUAUCAGUACAUCCAAUGUUGCCCUUACACCCAAUCUAGUUCUAGCUGGUCAGUCUCAGCCUUUCCACUUCAACAUCCCUUUCCCUGGACACGGAUCAGGAAGUUUUUCUGACAGUGAUAUGUGUACUCCGUCUCCAUCAGUCACAGCGACCAAACCUUUUACGCACACCAUUCCAAUAGUCACAAUCACUGACACCACCAAGGAAACUAAUAGUCCUAGUGUUGAGUACCCAGUUGUCAGUAGCGCUGCUCAAAGUCUGCAAGCAUCAACAACCUUAGUAUCGACCCAAGUCAGCACUAGUAAAGCUUCUCAUGUCAAAUCAUCGCCUGUCUCAGUCUCAUCUAUAUCUACCUUGUAUGGCACCACUGUCGUCAAGUCAUCAUCAAUUCGUCCUACUCUAGAAACCCAGGGCCGGUCCAGCUCAGAAAGUGCUACUGUAUCUCCAAAGCUUCGAGGAGGGGCUAUACAAUCCCUCAUUCGAGAAACUGCCUUGCCCAUACUGCUUGUGACUGGAAGUGAAGAUUCUAAAGACCAUGCGGAAAAGUCUGACAGGCCCAAAGCCAGCACACUUGGCCAACUUAGUGAAACACCAGUUAAGCGUUCCCGCCAUCUGAGUUUUGGGAAAUCCCGCUGCCUACGCCGCCAAAGAUCCCUUGCUGAUGACACAGCAUUUCCCUCAAUGGACCAGGAUUCCGUGUUUGAAUCGUCCAGGAACACACUGGAAACAGCAAUAGAUGUCACUAUGUCUGAGAGGAAAGAAGAAAAAGAUGGAGGGUCUGUCACAGGCGCUGAAGUUGAUAGAAAGACUGAAACUUUGCCAGAAACCAAGCCAGAGGAAUUGAAAAAAGAUCUUGACAAAACAGUAGAAGAAAAAAAUAAAUGCCAGUCCUGUACAUUUUGCUCUGAGACUUUUCAUUCAGCAGAAGAUUUCAAUGUUCACCUGAGGUCCAGAAAACAUAUUGGAAUUUUAGAAUCUAAUGGCAUGCUGCCAUCUGGAACAUUUGAAAAGCUACAACAGAGUGAAAAGCUUUCAAUUGAAGAGAAAAUCUCUAGAACUGACAACGAAGUUAAGAUUUUAACUGACCAAGAAAAUAAAGAAGAGUUAGUCUCUGAGGUCAUGGAACCACUGGCCAUCACAACCAUCCAAGCAGUAAAUAGUGAAAUUUCCAAAACUACCGAAGUGCCAUCUCAUAUUGUCCAGGAUAACCAGGAAAUGAAAACAGAGUUGUCCAGUGAAGCUCCUCUAUUGAGAAGGGCUUAUAGUCUACAAGAGGAAUUCUUACCAACAACAGGUUUACUUUCAUCGCAGUUAAGAGGUCAAAGGCCAUUGUAUAAACGGAAAAUUUCCCAUACAGCUGUCACAGAGAGUGCUACAGUACUGAUAACUCCACAUCUUAAUGAAAGUCUGAGACAGUCAUUGGUCAAACGCGCCAGGUUUGGGCUAAGUGCAUCAAAGGAGAUGGACAAAGAGACAGGUCUUGUCAAUAAUGAACAGACUCAGUGCGACACAGUGUCACCAGUCUUCCAAGCCACGUCCACAAUGUCCACCUCAGUGACCACUCAUACGCCUUCCAUUGUGUUGUCAAGUGUAUCAUGUACUUUGACACCAACUGUGUCAUCAGUAAUGACAUCAGCUGUGAUGUCUCUUGUAACUUUGCCAUCAGUUAUGACCUCAAGUGUCCGAUCUGUUAUGACACCUAGAGUAUCACCAGUACCAAUAUUACCAUCUCCUUUUACAUCAACAGUCCCAUCCAGUACAGCAGCUGGCCUCCCCAGGAUGACUGGGAUGACUGCCAUGACACCUGAUGGCAGUAUUCUUGUCACAGCCAAUCCUUUUACUAUAACCAAGUCCAUCUCACACUCCUCCAGUCCAAUUGUCAAGUCAGCUACAUUAUCAACAUCGUCUGCUCCUUUGACCUCUGGGGAGCUACAAGAUGGCAACACCCCCAAGCAGUCAGUUAUGUCAUACUCCUCUAGUAUAGUAGAUGGCUCCAUGCAGUACCACUGUGCUCUCUGUGACCUUACUUUUAAUAGCACACAACUGCUGAAGAAUCAUCUUGUGAGUCAUGCUGAUAUACGCCCCUAUGUGUGUGAAUUCUGUGAUGCUGGUUUUACCAACAUUCAAUCUUUAAGGACACACUUAUUAACACACACCCAGGACCGCCCUUACAUCUGUGGUAAUUGUGGAGACACCUUUGCCCUCCAGGGAGAUCUUCUGAUCCACUUCUCUAGCCACUCAUCCACAAGUAUUCGCAAACACCAGAACAUGGCUCAAGAUAUAAAGACAACGCUCCAGUCUGUCAGCUUGGCCCCACAUCUGGACACCAGCAUUGGUCCCGCUGUCUUCUUUGUGAAUCAACAAAAUCCACCAAUAUCCAACACAGGUGGCACAGUGAUGCAGAAGGUGGCUAAUACAGGAUAUUAUCCAGGAAUUUCAGGUCUACAAGAGUCAAGUCCCAAAAAAGAAUUUGAGGGUGACAGACAAUUAGUCAACGCUAACAUGUCUGAUGUAGUAAGAAAUACAAAAAACAGUCUAUCUCCGGAUGUUUCUAAGCUUUCUACUAGUCAAUCAUCUCCGCAACAACUUCAAGUAGAUAGUGAGACAGUUGUAAGAGGCAGACCACAAUCUCUUCCCAGUGUUUACAUGUCUGAGCAGGUUAACAAUAUGAAAACCAGCUACUCGCCUGAUGUAUCUAAACUAACUAGUGACACCUACAUGUCGUCAGGUUUCAGAGAAUCAAGUCCAAAACUGGAAUAUGAAAGUCUUAGUGAAUCCCUUGUAAAUGAAACAAGUCGAUCAUCCCCAAGACAUCCCUCUACAAAUUACCUUCAGCCUGUAAGGGAGACAAAGAGUCUUGAAAUGAUGGAGACGGAUUUCAAAGAAGAAAUUGUCAGUGCCUCAGAGUCUUCUUCAGACAACAGACUUUCUGUUGGGGAUGUUGCGGCUGCUAAAGAAGGCAAUGUUGAGAUGGCUCAUAUGGUUGUUGAUCACAGUUUAUCAACACAAGUAUCACCGAGCAAAGGUCAGCAGCAGGAAACCCAGCAAAAAAAUGUUGAAGUACCAAAUUUGUAUCAUAACCAGACCUCUCAUAUUUUUCACCACCAAACUUUUGCCCAGAAUCAGAUGCAGGUGUCCCAGGCCACACAUCCGCAGGUGUCGCAGGCCACACAUCAACAGGUGUCGCAGGCCACACAUCAGCUAUCACAACCUUCUCAUUCAGAGCAUUAUCUGCAUCAACAUUCCCAGCAAGUCAUGUUCCAUCAGCCUCAUAGCAAUCAGAGGCAAGCAAUGCAGCAGACAGACCCACAACAGCUUCAGCAUUCACAGUAUGUAAUGCUGGAUGACCAAAAUUACACCAUGCACAGCACACAAGAACACAAUGUCAGUUCAGCUGGCAGUUCUGGGGGUUCCACGUAUGACAUGAGCCAUGUCAACUCUCAGCACAUGGAUCCAUGUUGGGGCCAGGACUCUGGUCAGUUAGAGAUGUCCAAUCAGUUUAGCACACCUACCUAUCAGUCACUUGGUCAAGAAAGUACCGGAGACCUUCAGUCCAACUUUGGACAAAGUGUGGAGAUGUAUGGCUCUCAAUUUGACCAACAAACAUAUCCUUAUCCGCCUGAGCCCAUUCAUCCAGGGGACAUAGAUGAAAGCAUUGAAUGUAACAAUCAAUAUGAAGAUCAAAACAACCAAGGUUAUAGAAACAAUGAUGAGAAUCAAAGUCAGCAUCCAGAAACCGAAGCUAAUCUAUUACCUCAGACUUAUUUAGAACUCUCAUAGUCCUUUCUUUCACAGUCAAAUAGGCCCUGGCCUAAGGAAACAUUUUCAAUGUUAUUCCAGAAUAUUUGUGUAUCCUAUAUACAUUAAAGAUGGCUGCUUGGUCAUGUGGUAUGUGCUUUGGAUAGUCCCAAGUUUGAACCUUGACUGCUGCCGUCCCCUGCUAUUCUGCAGAAGGUUUGGGCUAGGAUAUAAUCUUCAUUUCUUAAGGAAUGUUUGAAACCUAUAUAAGAUAUAGUACAAACCUAACGAGUACAAACCUAACGCUAAUGACAGUGAGACAUAAGAGGUCCAAAGAGUCAAGGUUCAGGUCUCUGUGGCCAAAUGUUAACAAGAGAGGUCCAAAGAGUCAAGGUUCAGGUCUCUGUGGCCAACUGUUAACAAGAGAGGGUCAUUGGCCCUAUAAGGUUUACCAUUAGAGCUGCCUUAGGCUUCAGGAAGUUCAUGAACACCAAGGAACAUUUACCCAAAUGUUAGAUUUGAAUUUGAUUUCCAACUAAAUCUCCCUAUAGUUACCCUCUGACCACUCUGUGCCAUAGAAAUAGUAGUGGAGUACUGGUAAGAUCCAUUGCUCCAAGCCUUCAUACUACAUGUAUGACAAGACAUCAGCUCAUUUGUUUUUUUCCCCAGCAAAUGGGAUGUAAAUUAUGUCACACAACUCCAGCACUCAUUGCUUGUAUUCAAAUCACUUGUUCAGAUUUAAAACAUCUGUUUAACAGAUGGUGUAGUAUUUUCGUUGUAUAUAGUUUAUGCCUGGACAAAUGAGCUAAGAGGUUGGAAGAUAUAGGAGAGAAACUGUGAUCAAAUUUUAGUUUAGUGAACUAUGAAUGUUUUUAUUUUUGUACAUAUGUACAAUUUGUAUACAUUCUACUGUAGAGAGAGGAAUAUUUAUCUGUGUAUUAUUUUGUGAUUUGUUAUAAACCUGAUUGUUUUACACAGAAACCUGGUGUGACUUUUCUCUCUCUGUAUAUAAAUAUAUAGGCUUAUAUAUGGUUGCAUUUGAAAAUGUUGGUUACAAUGUGAAAUUCUUUCAUAACAAAAAAUGAAUCCAGUUCUGCAAUAUUUCUACUUUCUAUUCUUUAGGCUCUGCUCUGAGAUAUUAUUGAUACCUGACAAAAUGGAAAGAAAAUGAUGGAAAGAAAAUGAUGAUAAAUAUUUGUAAAAUCUUUUAAACAAUUUUCAGUUGCCUUGGAAACCAGUGAGGCAAAGCCGAAAUUCAUUUCAUGUGUUUAACUGUCAAAAUAUAUUUUGUAUAUAAAGAUAAUUGUUGCGUUGUGUGUGCCUCAUUGACAGACAAAAAUAAGAUGGCUUUUAGUAUUUCUUUUAAACAUUUAGAUUUCAGACUUAGAAGACAGUGCCCAAAAUGUUAUUGAACAUUCAUUUAUUAAACUCUUGAAUGAAUGCGGAAAUACAUGAAGACAUAUAGUCUGUUGAAGGUAAAGAUUUUCUAGUUCUCUACCCAAAUUUAAAUUUAUUGAUUUUUAGACUUUAAAAAAAAAAUUAUAACCAUCAAACUCGAGUUUUCCCAGUGUGGCCAAGGUGCUAGUAAUUGUUUUCCCAAUGAUAUACAGCAACUGUCAAAUUUCUAGGAAAAUCAUUAGAGCCAUUUUCGAGAUUUGUGUUCAUGAACUUGAAUAUAGGUCAGGUACAUUAAAAAAGUUUUCUCUAAUUAAGAGUAAAAAACAAACUUUUUUAAACCAAAAAAAAAAAAAUUAAUAUUUACAUUGUAUGUGGAAAAAAAAAGGAAGAAAAUGAUGUGGUCUCAUAGAUUUCAGUUUGUCUUUCAACUUAGUGUCUGUACAUUGUUCACAAUUACUGACAUUGUAAUAAUGAAACAAUACAAUGUUCUACUAAUAGAGAGAUAUUAAGAAACAUAAUGUAUAUAUAUAUACCUUUAUAUAUGUGGUUACAAAGUGGGUUGGUAAGUGGCAAAAAUGGGUAUUGUAGGAUUUUGAGUAAUUUCUGGUAGAUUACUGAAGGCCUGCAGUCAAGGUACUACUCAUCAAGAAUUAAAUCAUUGAUUUUUAUGCCAUUGCCUGUAUAGUGCUUCUAUUCACCUUCCUUAAGCUCUACAUUGCCAUGAUAGUCACUUGUUGCAACAGCUUGCUAUCUUAUCUUAUAUACAGACGUUACUUUAAAAAAAGAAGAUAAUUACUCUUAUAAGUCUUUUAUCCCCACAGGUUUCUUGUUUUUCUAAACUUAAAAAAUAAAUAAUUCUAUUUCAAUCAUAUGAUUGUAAACAUUCAAAUUGAUUCUUGAACAUUUCCCCAUGAAAUUUUAAACUGCAUUUCUUGUCUUUGUGAUUGGUCAAUUGGUUUGCUGCCAGUUAUCAUGUACUUAAAUGUUUGGACAGUGAUUCUCAACUUUGUGUGCUAAGGCCACUUUACCACAGCAUACUUUAGUGAUUCUACAGUAAUUUAGUCAUUUUUGAACAGCCAAUUCCUAGACUUCAACCAUUUCAAUGUCAUUACAGUAAGACUGGUCAUUUUAUGAAAUAGUAAAUGUUCCAUUUUUACAAACUAUUUUGUGAAUACUUACAUCCUGCUUGGUAUCAAACGUUUAACAGUGUCAGAAUAUAAUGGCUAAAUUGAUGGACCAUAAUAAAUAUUGCUAUAAAAUUUAUAAAUUGACCCAGUUGAUUCCUGUUUAUUGAAGAAAUGAAAACUAUACAUGUACUUAACAUUUGUGGGUAUAUUGUACUAAUGAGAUGUAUAAAUACAAGACUUGCAGUCUCUACUAGAAGGAUACAUUGAGACAGUAGUCCUUAUCAGAAUGUUGUUAUUAUCUUAUUUUGGUAUUGUUUCAUGAGAGAGACCACCAGAAUUGGUGACUGUGAUGAUUUGAUGGCCUGCUCUAUUGUAUUAGAAUAGGUCUACAUUUAUGUGCAUAAACUUGUGAUGAUGAUUGUCUGCUCAUGUUCAAAAUGACAACAAAACUGGUGGUUAUGAUGAUGUCAUUAUUUGCUGUUUUAGUUACUUUUUGCAGUUUUGCUACAAUGGAAUCAAAAUAAAAUUGAAUGAAAAUUU